AUGCCACCAGGCCCUUGUGCACACUUUAUUAGUCAGUCCUUUAAACAAAGAGUUGAUCCAGAAGGGUACGCUUGGGGAAAAGUAAGAAAAGAAAUGCACGAAUUAUAUUGGGAGGAGUUUCAGAAAAAAUGUUGUUUGGAUGAAACAAUAGACUCGUUGGUGAGGCAAGCUUGGGCAACGAAAGCAACAGAAAGUUAUGGUCAAUAUCUCUUCAACAUGCGGAGCCCAAAAAGAAACAAACAUGGCUUUAAACCAGCUCAUAUUCCACAGGAAGUCUGGAACUCCUGUAAAUUAAAAUGGAAUACAGAAGAAUACAAGCUAAAAUCUGAACAGAACAAGAAAAAUAGGCGUAACGGUGUGGCUGAUGGAGUAGCAAAACCUACACAUAAUGCUGGAUCUGCAAGUCAUUUGAAGAUAGAUUCUAAUUUGAAGAAGAAAUUAGGACGUGAUCCACCCCAUAGUGAGUUGUUCCUAUAUACACACAUGAAGAAUCACGAUGGAGUCACUUUCACAAAUGAAAAAGAUAGACAAAUUCGUGCAGCGUAUACAGAAAAACGGGAAGAGUUGGAAGCUGAAGGUGUUCAAUUUGAGGAGGACAACUUACAUUCCGGAAAAAAUGAUGAAAUAGAAAUGAGGGAGUUUGUUGCUAAACAAAAACAGGAAAACAAAGAGCUUAAAGAAAUGAUGAACGUCCAACAAGAAGAAAACAACGCAAGGACCGAGCAUCUUGAAAAACAACUUCCAACGGCAUUAGAUCUUAUUAAUGUCUUCACAAAACAACAAUAG